GAGGAGGAGAAGCAGCUGGAAAUCAAGGGGUCAUGGAAGUCCAUCCACGACUAUGCCCGGGACAACGACGGCAAGCGCCUUGCAGACGCUGUGGAAGGAAGAAACGGCGCGAUCCUUUCCUCCAUAGACGCCCAGACAGACACGGGAUGGAGUGCACUGCACGUGGCGGCCAUGCACAAAAGCGCGCUAGCAACGGCGUCAGCCAUCGAGCUGCGGGGAGAUAUCUUCCUGCAGGACUGCACCGGGCGAUCGCCCCUGCAUGACGCCGCGGCAAACAAUGCAGUCGAGGUCUUGUCGCAUCUCGUCGCUAAGGCGAAGAGAGGAAACCUUCAGGCUCGGGACAAGCUUGGUAACACCCCCCUGCAUGCAGCUGCGAGAGCAGGGGCGUGGGAUGCUUGCAGGUAUCUGCUCGCUGCAGGAGCAGACAGCAAGGUAGCCAACGCAAGAGGACACACUCCA